UUAAUACUCUGGCAACACCUGUGUAUUUUCUUCGGAACAAGGAAGUUAUGAACUUUCCCUUCCUGCGUCCCGCACAGAUAAAAACAAAAAGUGUCAGCAAAAAGCAUCACAGACAGCUGAUUCACUGAUGAUUGUAUUGAUUUGAUUGUUUUCGUAAUUUACUUUUGUAAAAUUGUAAAUUUAAACAAAACAAAGGAGGAAAUUAAAAUGGAAGAAACUAUUGAUUUCUCUAAAAUAUGUCGAGCUUGUUUAUCCAGCAGUGGACCGAUGAAAGAUAUGUUUUCAGAUAGCACAUUGGAUGUUUUUAGAUAUUGUACUUCAGUGGAGAUCUUUGAUGGAGAUAAAUUGCCCAAGAUGAUCUGCCAGCCUUGCCUGGAGCUCCUGAACAAAUUAUUACAAUUUAAACAAGAGGCAGUGAGAUCACAUGAAAUACUCAAACAAUACUCUUCCUCUGUUGCGGUCAAGGGCGAAAUUGUCCAGCCACAAGAGCCCAUUGACAGGGAGGUUGAUGAAGCACCUGAUAAUUAUGACUUGGGUGACACAAUACUGCAAUCAAAACGAAAAACAGUUGCAUCUAAAGAAAAAUGCAAACAGAAGAGCAAACUGCGAAAAGCUCUUUUAAAAUGUUCUGUAUGUGCCAAAGGAUUUAUAAAAUACGAAAAUUUGGAGGCACACAUGAGAAAGCAUUUUGGAAAAAAGCCCGACAUCAGCUGCAAGGACUGCAGCAAAACGUUCAAGAACAUGGCGUCUCUACGCAGCCACGAGCGGGUGCACUCUGGCGCGCGCCGCUACCAAUGCCUGGCGUGCGGCAAGAAGUUCGCCUACCUGAACGUGCUGAAGAACCACGAGCUCAUCCACGCCGGAGUACGCCCCCACGCGUGCCAUAUGUGCAGCGCUAGCUUCCACAGCCUGGGGAACUUGAAGGUUCACCUAAAAGUACAUCUUAAGGAAAAGAACUACGGGUGUUCUCAGUGCGGCAAGAAAUUUACUCAAUACGGAAACUUGAAGACUCAUCUUAUCAGGCAUUCUGGUAUCAAGAAUGUGGCCUGCCAACUCUGUGAUAUGCGGUUUUUUGUCAAGGGAGACCUGGUCAAGCAUAUGGCAUCACAUUCUUCAGAUAAGCCCUUCGCAUGUGAAUAUUGCGGUAAAACAUUCAAAAAUAAAGGCAUCCAAGCUAUACACGUGAGAACACAUACAGGGGAACGUCCGUUCGCGUGCGACAUUUGCCCGCAAAAAUUCAUGACACAAAAAGACCUCAAACAUCACAGAAUGAUCCACACGGGAGAAAAACCGCAUAAGUGCCAAUUAUGCAAUCAGAGGUUCAUUCAAAAAUGCGCUCUAAAUCGUCACCUCAAGAGCCACGGGAAACAAUACUCAUUAGAAAAUGAAACGCAGAAUGCACUACAAAAACAAAUACAGGGACUUGAUAACAGUGGAGUACCUCUACAAAUGUACUCCGAAGUGCGACAAGAAACCUAGAUAGGUACAAUAUGAUUGUUUAAUAUGUAAGUAAGUACCUAUACGUAAUAAAUGGAGUAGAGUUUAUAAAUGGUCUUACAAAAUGCUGGUCAAGGUAGUUGACAUGUAAAAACAAUUAAACCUUGUUGGUCACUGGAAAUGUGUAUAUUUUUAAACAAUUUAUUGUAUAAACCUCCAUACUUUGUGAUAUUAAUCAGUUCUUUCACUGAUAAAGUUCCACCCUGUUUUGCUUAUAUUUGUCGUAGAUCAAUAAACUUAUCAAAGUGUUAA